AUGGCGACAUCUUGCACCCGUGUCUGUCAAGAACUUAGCUUCAGGUUUGGCCUAGCUCUGCACUUCCCGAAGGAUGACAUUGACUGGUCAAUCUGGGACGAGAAACAGCGAGAGGUCACGCCGGCCUGUCGCGUGGAGCCAUCCAGCACAGCCGACGUCUCUGAGAUUCUGGAGCUCCUGACCACUCACUGGUGCCGCUUUGCGGUCAAGGGCGGUGGUCACGCGCAGGCUGUCGACGCGUCCAACUCUGUGGGCGGAGUCACGAUCGACUUGCACAGGAUGGACAGGGUGGACAUUUCGCAGGACCGAACGCGAGCCAACCUGGGGCCAGGACUUGUUCUUGGCGAAGCGUAUAGUGCUCUUGAGCCUUACAAUUUGACCUUCGUAGGAGGCAGAGUAGCGGACGUCGGCGUCCCUGGCUUUACCCUCGGUGGGGGUAUAUCAAACCUAUCCCCUCAGUAUGGUCUGGCCCUGGACAACGUCUUUGAAUACGAGGUCGUAUUACCUAACGCCAGCAUUGUCACUGCUAGUGAAGGCCACAACCCUGACUUGUACUUUGCUCUCCGAGGCGGUGGUAACAACUUCGGCAUCGUCACCAAUUUUCUCGUCAGACUGGUCCCUCAAGGAGCUCUGUGGAGUGGUGAAAGCAUAUAUGACUCCGAAUAUACAGCCACAGUCAUCGAGCGAGUCCACGAACUCUCUACAACGCUGAGUGAAGAUACCUACAUGUGCUUCUCCAGUCGAUAUGCAUAUAACCAAACCGCAAAUGAGUAUACCAUAGGAGUCAUGCAAGCCUACUACGAGCCGAUUGACUUUCCUGCGGUAUUUGAGCAGCUAAACAGUAUCCCUCACAGGUCAAGCACAUUACGUGUGGACAGGAUGAGCAGAUUUGCUGCCGAUGCUAUCAGUCCCCAUGGAUCACGACGCCUGUACGCAACGCUCACCUUCGAGGCAUCUGCAAUCCUCCACAGUAGGAUACUGCAAAUAUUUCAAGAAGAGGUGGAACGCGUCAAAAGCGUCCAAGGAUUCCGACCCUCAGUCGUCACCCAGGCUCUGCAUGUCAACGCCAUCAAGGCCAUGCGUCAGAGAGGAGGUAACUCUUUGGGCGUAGAAUCUGCAGGACCAUUGAACUUUGUGCUGCUCACAUUCGGAUGGUCCAAUGCAGAAGACGAUGAGGCAAUGUCCGACUUUGCGGACGCCUGGGUCAGUCGAUCGACGGAGGCAGCCACGGAGCUGGGCAUCCUGAACCCUUGGAUCUACAUCAACUAUGCAAAGGAGAAUCAAGAUCCUUUCUCUGGGUAUGGGGAGAAUAAACACAGACUUCGUAGAAUACAGCGGCAGAUUGAUCCACGCGGUGUUUUCACUUCGAUGGGGUUAUGUAGAGGCUCCUUUAAACUACUCUAG